GAACGGAAUAGCGCUAUAUUCCAGUAGUACGCUACAUCUGGGCUCACCUUAUUCAAUGUCAGUACGUAUAGAAAAGACACCCUUUACAAAUUGCAAUGAGAAUCUUAUUCAGAGUCACGAAUUCGAUGAAGAGUCUCAGAAAAAUGAAGAUAGUCGCAAAUCUAUAGAAGUUGCCGAGUAUUUACUGGAUAAAAAGCUCUUUUUGUCUGCUCUCGAGUACUAUUUUGAACAGUUGGAGCGUGGUAAAAGUAUAAAGCUUUUGCAUGAGUUCUUCACUAGUCCAAAUUUUGUUGAAAAUUUGAACUUAUCUUCUGUGGAGUCAUCCAGUUUGUUGAUGGGGAAAUAUCCAAGCCUAUCCUCUUUGGAUUCGUCAGAUAUUGGACGGAUAUCAGAUGAUGGGAAUACACUUGAAGAAAAACUAAAAGUACUUGAAUAUGAGUUGCGCAAAAAGAAUGAUGAAAUAAGUUCAUUACGGAAUGAGUUAACCAGUUUGGUAGCAUGCGGAUAUAAAGGUGAUGUACAAUAUUCACAAACUUCAGAUUCUAUUUUGAAUAAUCAUUUUCGGUCGAAUUUUAACAAUGGUACUCAAAAAACGCUACCUCAUGAACUACGUGCAAUAUCAUUUUUAAUUAAUGAAUAUUUUUUGGAACAAAAUUUUCGUUUAACUGCAAUACAAUUUGCUGAAGAAGUAGAAGAACAUGGUCUGCAUAGUCUGGAAUCAUGGCAUGAAGUUGCAAUAAAUUUACGGAAACCUCCAAGCUUAUUAUCUUUACUCAGGUUAUAUUGGAAUCCUUCGUCUGUAUCACAAUCACAAAUUUCAUCAAAUCGAGAUGUACCAAAUUGUAAAUUUUGUGAAGUUGCUGUUCAGACUGAAUCUGAUCAAAAUGUUUAUACUGUUACAGCUGGUUUUAAUGAAUAUUCCUCAAUAGAAAUUCAAGCAAAAAAUGAGGAGAUUUCAUCGUUAAAAUCGAAAAUCAAUCACUUAGAAUUACAGUAUUCAACUGCUUCACAAAACACCAGGGAUUUACGUAAUCAACUUAUUUGUCUUAAACGUGAACACAUUGAAAUGAUAGAUAAAACAUUAUCAAAUAAAUACACUACUACGACAAAUGCAAACACCACUGUGAUAAAGGUGAGUGAUUCAGAUGACGAAUGCAAUAACCAAUCAAGCCUAAGUGACAAUGACAGUGUUUCAUAUUCAUCUCCUGGAAAAUUUGGUUUUACUGAUCGAACUAAUAAAUCUUGUCGUAAACUAUCCAAAGAGUUUUCUAGAUAUAUUGCUCAUUUAUUACCGGAUGAUGACCUAAUGUUAAAUGAAAUUAACCAUAAUUUUCACUUAACCGAUUCAUUAGACGAAUUUGUCACAUUUUUAGCUCAAUAUGUUGAAAAGAUUUUACCAUACUUAGUUGAUAAAGGCAAAUUAAUUUUUCUCCCCUUAUUAGUUCAAAUUAUUUGUUUACAUUCCAAUCCAUCGGUACGUGAUCAAUUUCUCUGCCUAUUAUUUGAUUUCCUUUCAACUACUUCGUCCCCUACCUUAUCACCUCAAUCAUCAUUAUUGUCAAUUGAGCAUAAAAUGUAUGUGGAUCAUAUGAAUCCAUCUAGCCUAAUUAAAAUGAAUACUGGUUGUGAUUCAGUUGGUCGCAUAAAUCAUGAUGAAUUCUCUAAGCAUAUAUUAAAUGCUUUACGAUUAUUAGCUUCAUAUUUAGGUCCUGCUCGAUUGGAAGGUGAACUGUUACCGGGAUUAUGGUUACAAAUAAAUAAAUGUCCAAUUUCUGAUCUAUCCAGAAGGCUUCUUUUAGUGUCGGCCUGCGGUGUAAUCGCUCCUCACCUUCCGUCGCAUUUACAAUCUUCCAUAAUGUUAUGUAUCAUGGAAUCCAGCCUGGAUGAAGAACGUAAUCCAACAGUACUGGCAGCUAGUAUACGUUCUCUGUCAUGUCUAAUUAGUUCAAUGUCGGAUUCUUAUAAAUUGCCACAAAUUAUACGUCGACUUAAUUCAUUUCUUAUACAAACUGCAAAUAUAUUCAAUGAUCCGCAACAGUUGAAACUGUUUUAUUUAUCAAAUAAGAAUUCAUCAUCAUCGGGAACAACAACGACAACGGUGCAAUCAUUAUCUAAUCUCAUAUAUAAUACUACUAUGAAUUAUUUCUUAUCAUCUAUAGCUCAAUGGUGUUUAGAAUUAGACUCGAUUCAACAAGUUCUACUUGAUCCAUGGUUAAUUCAUUUCGAUAAUUAUAUUUUAGCACGUCAAAAUACUAAAGAUGAGGUCGCACCUGAUAUGGUAUUGCUUUAUUUAAAUACUCUAUAUUAUUUAGCACCAUUUCUUCAUGCUUGGUUAUUAUUAUCAUUAAUAAAAAAAUCAAGUCCUGAUGAAAGUUUAUGGUUGUCUAUGCGAAAUCUACUUCAUGCUUAUCGUAAUUCAACUUCAGAAUUUGAACAUCUUUUGAGAAAGAAUUUCACAUUUAAAGAGCCUGACCUAGUCAAAUCUUCUCCCACUAAUACUGCCACCACCAUUACCAACAUCAACACCACAUUGGAUUUCAUUGAUACUUCAAUAAUUCUUGGACAAGAUAGCUUUGAAAUAUUAUCAGAAAUGAUGAAAUAUAUAUGUAAGUCAGACUUGUCAAUGUCAACCAUACCAUCAACAUUAUCAUCAAAUCAAACUGGUGAUUUGGAACAUUCAUUUCACUCUAGUCAUAUAUGUCAAAUCGAUAAAUGGAUAGCAAAACAAUGGUUUGAUAAACAUUUAAUCUGUAAAUUAAUUGACUUGCUGGAACAAUUACCUUAUUGUAAUAAUGGUGAUGUUUGUUUAAAAAUGAAAUCAUUUCUUGACUUGGAUUAUGCUAAUGGUUGUUUUGAUGAUGUAAUUAAACAUCAAUUUGAUGAAUAUUUCGCUUAUCCAUGCACAGAAACAUUACAAUCGAAUAAUUUUAAAGUAGCUUUUUCAGUAUGUCGAUUUCUUGUUUCAAUUGGUAAUGCAUUGAAAUCAGAUGGUGUGUCAAAACUAAUUGCACCACAUUUUAAAGUCAAACUAAUGAAACAAACAGAACAUGGAAAUUAUGAAUAUGAUCACAGUUCUAUGCAAACUGGACUUUUAGCUGGUUAUUGCUGUUUGCUCUCUUCUACACAAUCUAAAUCAGAAAUAGGUCAAGUAAGAAUGCUGUUGACAAGUGCUAUAUUUUUACAUGCACGUGAGGGUUUCCCACUUCAUUGUAUUAAUUUAACGGCUUGGUGUCUUUGUUUAACUACGAAUUUAGAUAUUGCUGUACAAGAAAUUUUACUUCCAGCAAUACGGCCAUGUUUAAGUUGCGCUGAUAGUUCAGUUCGUCGAGCAGUAGCUAAUCUACUUCAUGGAUUAAUUGAAAUUCUACGAUUUAUCAGUGGAUCGUAUAGUAAUAAUGAUAUCUCACAUACGAGUACAACAACGUCAACAUUCACAACACAUAAUGACAUUUGCAAAUCAAAUUUAUUAGGAUUAAUAUGGCCAUUUAUUAGUCAAGUGACUAGAGAUGAUUUAACUGGUCAACGUAAACGUAUUACACCGGAUCAAGCUGAUUGGAGUGUGUUAUGUUGUUCACUUGGUCCAUUGUACAGUUUCAUCAUGUUAAUAUGUGUACCAUUUCUAAAUUCGACUUUGUCUUCUUCCUCUGCUACUAUUGUUGCUGGUGGUGGUGAUCCUUCUGGAGGCUCUAAAAUAGAAAAUAUUCCUUCUUCUUCUACAACAACAAUGGAUACAACUUCAGCUUCAACAACAGAUACAUUAACAAACAACACAUUUAAUGAAUAUGCUAAUUAUCGUAUUAUGGCAUUUGAUUUACUUAGUUUACAAUAUGAUUUGGUUGUUGGUCGAACGAAUUCCAAUGAGCAACUUAAUUCUAAUGUACAAAAUACAGGCAUAGAUUAUACAAUGGAUCGAUUGAUAAUUUCACAACGUCGAUUUUGGAAUACAUUAGUUAAUAAUCUUCUAGAUUUAACUAAUCGUCUUCUUCCGAUAUGUGGUGAGAAUUUUCAACAAAAUAAUAUAUUACCAUGGCUUUUUAAUUUAGCUGAAAUGAAUAAUUCUUUGCCAAGUUUAGAAAUACGUGUUGAAUUAGCUAAUCAUUUGUUCACAGUUCUUUCGACAGCUGCAUAUUCUGUACAAAAUGAAAAAAGUUUACUUCAGUGGUUAGUUCCAGGUUUAGAUCGUGUACGUUUAGAUUUAAUUGAAAGUGGAGAUAAUCGUCGUGUUCGUGAAGUAGAACAAUUCUUAUCUGAUUUAUACUCGAAUCUUCGAUUAAAUGAUCAAGGACGUUCUUCCAAUUCGAACUCAUCUGCCGGUAUACGUACUAGUGUAUCCAACCGUUGGACUAAACUAACUUCAUUCAAUAAUUCCAAUAAUAAUAAUACUGUGAGUAGUACUAGUCACAGUACUGACAGUCAUAGUACUACUACGAACACUAAUACUACCAAUACUUUUAAUACUUCUAACAAUGGAAUAAGUGUUCCUUCAGCAUUCAACACUACUUUAGAUACUAGUCAUAACUCACCACCAGAAAUUGAAAUAAAAAAAUCUCAAUCUCGAACAAAAAAUUUACGUUUCAAUUUUCGUCGACAUUAGUAAUAUUAAUCAUAAUAAUAAUGAUCAUUUUAUCACAAUCUACACAUGAUACACAGUUUGUUUGUUUUUCCUUCUUUUAUUUCCUUUCAAUUAAUGGGGUAACAUUCCAAGAUUCUGUAAUUUAUGUGAUUAUCAGAGGAAUAAAACAUACAUCAUUUUUGAACCUACUUUUAUGUUUUGGAACAAUGUUAUUUUCUUAUGAUCUGUACUCAUUACCAUUAUUUAUUAUUAUUAUUAUUAUGUAUUUUUAUUUAUAUUUAUGAUUGACUUGUAAUUUAUCUUCUUUGUAAACAUGAACAUCAAGUAUUUUACAAAUGAUACAACAUAAUUCUAAGUGAGUGUUUUCAUUGAUAUAUAUCUGUCUUGAACAAUAUCGACAAAUAUGGUAAUAAUCGGUGGUUGGCGUUCUUGAUUUUUGGAUCAUCUAUUCAUCGUAAGAUUGUUAUUACUGUAACUGAUAUGGGUAUUAUUGACUUUAUUAUUGUAAUUUAUAUAUAUAUAUAUAUAUAUCCCUAAAACCAAUAUGCCUUAACAUAUCAGCUAGGCUGUGUUUUGUUUGUUUGUUUUACGAGUGAUAUUUUAAAUGUUUUUCUUUUGUUUUUAUCUCGAAUGUUAAUCUCCCUUCUUUUUCUCUUACUUAUUUACUGAUUAAUGUUUCUCGUUAAAAGUUGAGUUUUGUAAAUUUCAUGUUUUGUCCUGUUUUUUUCUAAAGAACCGUUUUCAUAUGUUUAUAAUUGAAUAAAAAAAGAGAACGAUCAAACCUCUUAGUGAUUAUUUUAUGUUUAUUUUACGAUUCUUAUAAAAAUCAAAAUAGCAACUCUACAAUUUUGUUUUUGUACACAAUCAUAACAAAUUCACUUUUUCUAUUAUUAUUAUUUUUGAACACUUUAAAAUGUUACUGUAUAAAAUUGAUGUUUUUAAGUAAUGUAUGUACGAAUGCUUAAUUGUUUUUGGUUUUUA